AUGAACCAUCUAGAAAUGAGAUUACUACUACCCGAGGUCCAGGCUAUAUCCCUCGUCCUAGAUAACGCUGCGACCAGCGAUCUGCGGCAGCCAAAGAUCAUUACAGGGUCUCUUUCCUUCAGACUAAGAAGCCAGCUCAAGCUUUCUGCUCUCUCCAUCCGGUACAAAUCCAGCUACUUACGUGAGAUUCCUGUAAAGAACAACCCCGCUAUAAAACAGCGUUUCGCCGACAGUUGCUUCCAUGUCUGCAGCCGGGAUCUAGCCACUUCCUCCACUCUCAGUGCUGGUUUCCACACCUUUCCGUUCUCCUUGGAUUUACACCCGGAGUUAUCGUCGUUGAUGAUUAUCGGAGAGGUGCUCCACAAAAUCAGUGUCACCAUGGUCAAGGCCGACUCCCGCUUCUCGGCUAAGUUUCCGCUAAUCUACCGAAGGAACAUCACGCGGGAAAUGAACAAGCUCAUGGAAGGAGUUAGACCAAGUGUACACCCAAUCAUUCCACUUAAGUUGAACUACAAUGUGAUGCCACCCCCAGGCGUAACAAGCUCUCAGGACUCCUCGCUAGCCAGGCCCGAAACGUAUCAGUUACGGAUCAACUUGCACGAAACGGUUACGCUGUAUCACACCAUGUCUACAGGGGUCAUGGAAGCAUCGAGGGCUUCCAACCUUAUCGCUAAGUCGGAAGUCCGCGUUAUUGCCCAAUAUUCAUUCACCUUGAGUGAUCGAGAGGUGGAUGACCUUCGAGGCAGCGUCUUCAACAAAAACCUAUUUGUAGAUUUGAGUAGCGAUGGGAAUAGCACUCUAAAAACCACUAUGCACCCCGACUUUCAUGUCAAAAACUUGCUCAAUGUCACGCAUGUCUUGAGUGGCUAUGUUCUGGAGGUGGCGUCUGCGUCGAAUUCUACCUUCCAGCCCACGGGCCUCUUCCGUAUACCCACCACGAUUAAAAAAAUAGACAUGGUGAACACACGAGGCUUGAGCCGUGUCCCAAGGUAUCGCUGGCGCUCGGACACAGAGACUUUGUUCAGCUCUAACGAAGAAUUGGAUGUGGAACAGCACCUAGGUCCGUUUGGUGGGACAGGGUUGUUUGUGAAUCUGCACUACGGGUCGGAGGAGAUGUUUUCCGAUAUGGUUACCUUGGUGGCGUGA